AUGGCGGCGGCCACAGCGGCUCCGGCGCAGCCUUGGAGUGCUGAGGAGCUAAGGAGUGAAGCGCUGCCCAAGAAGGAUAUCAUCAAAUUCCUUCAGGAGCAUGCUGCCCAGGCGUUUCUGGCCGAGCACAAGCUUCUGGGGCAGGUGAAGAAUGUGGCUAAGACGGCGAAUAAGGAGCAGCUGAUCGCGGCCUACACGCAGCUCUUCCACACGCAGAGAUUCAAGGGCACAGAUGGUGCAGAGAAGGCAGCAGACAAGGCAAAGCCUGUGAAGGCAGAGGAGGCCAAGGGCAAAGCAGUAAAGUCUGAGGAGGCAGUGGAUGAGGGGCCACCAAAGUACACAAAAUCCAUUUUAAAGAAGGGUGAUAAAACCAACUUCCCGAAGAAAGGAGACACUGUCCAUUGCUGGUAUACAGGAAAGCUACAGGAUGGAACAGUCUUCGAUACCAAUGUUCAGACAAGUGCAAAGAAGAAGAAAGCAGCCAAACCUUUAAGUUUCAAAGUUGGUGUAGGAAAAGUCAUCAGAGGUUGGGAUGAAGCCCUCCUCACUAUGAGCAAAGGAGAGAAAGCUCAGCUGGAGAUUGAACCUGAGUGGGCAUACGGCAAGAAAGGGCAGCCUGACGCCAAGAUUCCGCCCAAUGCAAAGCUCUUCUUUGAGGUAGAACUGGUGGAUAUUGAGUGAAAUCAAGUUUCCUCUGCUGCUGGGGAAUCCAUUUUAGGAUCAAGAAAGCUCCUGACAACGCAGUUCUGCUCUUGUAACUCCAGGAAAUAGUUACAACUGUGGCCUUGUCCCCAAACCCAGUCUGUUUGCCCUGCUCCCAGCUGCUGUACAGUGACACCACUAAAGAAACCUAGUUUGUACGUGCAUGUGAGUUCCUCUCUUGUGUCUCUGCUCACUGUCAAACUUCCUUCUCUUACUGUGGGGGAAACCUUGGAUAGAGAGCCCCAAGAAACCGCUGCAAGAAGCAGAUCCAUCAGGAAUGGCCAUGGCUGAUACACCUGUCCCUUGGUGUUGACUGAGAAGCAGGUACUGUGAGACCUAGUCUCAUGUCUUCAGCAGCACGCUUUAUCUUUAUCUUCUCUGUAAGAUAGCUAUUUCAGUUGAAAUAGCAGAAAAGGAA